AUGGUUCAUGCUAAGAGCUGGACCCUGAAGAAGCACUUUGAAGGCAGCCCUACUCAUAGUAACUUUGAGUUAAAGACAGUUGAACUCCCAUCCUUAAAAAAUGGAGAGGUCCUGCUGGAAGCUUUGUUCCUUACCGUGGAUCCUUAUAUGAGAGUGGCGGCCAAAAGAUUGAAGGAGGGUGAUAUGAUGAUGGGGCAGCAAGUGGCCAGAGUUGUGGAAAGUAAAAACUCAGCCUUCCCAGCAGGAACUGUGGUAGUGGCUUUUUCAGGCUGGACGACGCACUCUAUUUCUGAUGGGAAAGAUCUGGAAAAGCUACCCGCAGAAUGGCCAGACACGUUACCGGUGUCUUUGGCUCUGGGAACAGUGGGCAUGACAGGGCUAACAGCCUACUUUGGCCUACUUGACAUCUGUGGUGUGAAGGGUGGAGAAACAGUGAUGGUUAAUGCAGCAGCAGGAGCAGUGGGCUCUGUGGUGGGGCAGAUAGCUAAGCUCAAGGGCUGCAAAGUUGUUGGAGCAGCAGGGUCUGACGAAAAGCUUGCCUACCUCAAAAAGCUUGGAUAUGAUGUUGCCUUUAACUACAAAACAGUAGAGUCUUUGGAAGAAACUUUGAAAAAAGCCUCUCCUGAUGGUUAUGAUUGUUACUUCGAUAAUGUAGGUGGAGAGUUUUCAAACAUUGUUAUCCCCCAGAUGAAGAAAUUUGGAAGAAUUGCUAUAUGUGGGGCCAUCUCUACAUAUAAUAGUACUUGCCCUCCUCCCCCAGGCCCACCCCCAGAGAAUAUUAUCUAUCAGCAGCUCCGCCUGGAAGGGUUCAUCGUCACCCGCUGGCAAGGAGAGGUCCGCCAGAAGGCUCUGAAAGACUUGCUGAAAUGGGUCAUAGAGGGUAAAAUCCAGUACCAUGAAUACAUCAUCGAAGGAUUUGAAAACAUGCCAGCUACAUUCAUGGGAAUGCUGAAAGGAGAUAAUUUGGGAAAAACAAUAGUGAAAGUAUGAAAAAAAUGACACACGGAAUCUAGAAA